AUGAAUCUCCUUGGAAGCCUCUUCGGCCCCUCGCACGGGGACUGCCUGAGGCGGCUCUUCGACUACCCCGUGUUUAUCUGGCAGGUCCCGUGCGGCAGCAGCUCCAUCGACAGCAGGGGUGGUCUUGUGCUCAGUAGCAACACCGCAAGGAACAUCCGUGCCAACUGCCAGACGUUGGCAACGACCUACGCGAACAUGAUUUUAAAUUUCUCACCUCUGAUGAUGGACCUUGAGGACAACUGCCCCCACGGCGAGCUGAUGGAUUUCUCCAAGCAGCCUGUGGAGGACUUUAGGCUUCUGAUGGAGCUUUGCAUCAUAAUCAAGAAGUGGACGCAGACCCCCGGCAAGAGUGGCCACGUUGUGGUGCUGGUCUUCCUGGAGGAGAGCUCCCGCAUCACAUACCCGAGCUACGCCGCCAUGAUCGCGACGUGCUACCACAUAUUCGCCGGGUGCCCGUCGGACGGCGGGAGCUAUACGCUGGGGUUUGUGGAGGAAAUGCUGGGCGUUCGCCGCAGCAGGUACCACGCAGCGUCGCAGGAAAUUUACGUGAACUAUUUUCAGCUUCUGCUUGACGUUCCCAUCUUGCCGAGCGCCCAUCUGCGCCGAACGUGGCUGGCGGCUGUGUCGCUGCACGAGAUGGACUCCUUCAAGGACAUGCAGCUCGGCCUGCGCAUCGAGAAUGAGGGCAAUACGUUUGUCUUCAGCGACCCCACCGCGUGGAAGGCGAACGGGGACGAUGGCGCCUUGCAGCUUUCCCUCCACCCGAAGCAGUGCCUGUUUGGGGACUUCUCCAUCUCGCUGCUGCGCUACGAGCUGUCGUCGCCCGUACUUCUGGGGCAGCCGGAGCCGCCGCCGAAGCCCCGCGUGCUUGCCCGGUGGGCGUUCAGUACAAUAUUCGUGUCUCGGGACACCCACCACGUUCGCGCGCGGGACAUGGACUACGCUGCGCAGAGCCACCUGCCAAGCGACGCCUACAUGCAGCUGCACUUUGUUGGGGGAGAGGCGGAGGCGGAGGACACCGCGUACGCUGAGCAGCUGACACGGCGCAUCGACCAGUCUCCCAGGCGGCAGAUGGCGCUGCUGCGGCCCGGGCCCUUGUCGCCGCCGGACCGCCGCCGCGACGUCUCCAGCUGCCGCGGGGACGACGACAUCGUGGGCGGCGUCUACUACCGCGCCGACGGGACGAGCCUGCACGGCUCCCACGGCCGUGGCGGCGGCGCCGAGCGCCCCUUCCUGCACGGGGUGUUGCCUCUCCGUCCCAUGGAGGAGGAGGAGCGCCGCUACAGGGACGACGACGAGCUGGCGCUCUCCCUCGACCAGCCGCCGCCGGCGCGCCACCGCGACCCCUCGCAACCUCCCACAAACCACCAAAACAGGGCAUCAACCUUUUCUUCUUUGACACCUGCAAAACCGAGCAGCUCCUGGCGGCGAAAGGAAAGAAGAAAACGGCGUAGGUUUUAUCUGAGUAAUAAGAUGGGUAAUGAAAAUGGUGAAACUUAA